GCUGUCAUCCUCCUGCCUCUGCAGCUUUAUUCCUACAGCCUUCAAUGGUGACGGACUCCCUCCCACCCGGGCUGGCAGCCAGAGCCACAAGGCCUCGCUAGGAGCGGAUCCCUGCGGCUCUAUGGCAUCUCCCAGGACCAUCACCAUUGUCGCCCUCUCGGUGGCCCUGGGGCUCUUCUUCGUCUUCAUGGGGACGAUCAAACUGACCCCCCGGCUCAGCAGGGAUGCCUACAAUGAGAUGAAACGAGCAUACAAAAGCUACGUGCGGGCCCUGCCCAUGCUGAAGAAGAUGGGAGUCAGCUCCAUCCUCCUCCGCAAGAGCAUCGGCGCCCUGGAAGUGGCGUGCGGCAUUGUCAUGACACUGGUGCCCGGUCGCCCCAAGGAUGUGGCCAACUUCCUGCUCCUCCUCCUCGUGCUGGCCGUGCUCUUCUUCCACCAGCUCGUGGGGGACCCCCUCAAGCGUUACGCCCACGCCCUGGUCUUUGGGAUCCUGCUCACCUGCCGCCUGCUGAUCGCUCGCCAGCCCGAGGAGCUGCCGCCGGAGAAGAGGAUGCUGUCGGUGAACGGGGAUGAGCAGCCACUCAUCCAUGAAGCGGCUCCCGAGAAAGGCAAAGUGAAGGUAUCCUAGUUGAGUGCUUGUGAGGAAACACGGACCCUCGAGGCAGCUCUCUGCAAAAUCACCCAGAAAAUUUGGUUUUUAUUUACUGACUUGCAUUUUUUUUUUUUUUUUUGGUCUGUCUAAAUAAAGUUGCACUUGGGGUCUGAGAGAUACAAGGUAUGUCUACACUGUAGUCUUGCUUUUGCUGCUGCCCUGUAAUGUAGAAAAACACAAACUAGCUUCCACAGGGACAGCUUGGAGGCAGUCAGCAACCCGGCUGGAGCAGUGCUGGCCUCAUCAGGAGCUGCAAAACCAGCCUGAGACUCUGGGCAGAGACCUGGGCAGGCACUCAGGCCACCCUGGCACUGCUGCAGUGGGGAGAUCAGUCCUGAGCACCAGCCCUGAGCCCCACGGCAGCAGAGCUGGCCUGGCUGCUGCUGCUGCUGCCCGGAACAGGCCAUGGCCAGCGUCCCUGUGCAGCCCCACACACACAUCUGCAUUUCCCUUUCCGUGGUGAGGCAUAAAAGGGACCCUGU